UGCUGGGGGCGAGCGCGGCGCCCGAAGAGAAGCGCGUUUGCCAAGGCACAAGUAACAAGCUUACCCAGUUGGGCACCUUUGAAGACCACUUCCUGAGCCUCCAACGAAUGUUCAACAACUGUGAGGUGGUGCUUGGGAAUCUGGAGAUCACCUACGUGCAGAGAAACUACGACCUUUCCUUCCUGAAGACCAUUCAGGAGGUGGCUGGCUACGUGCUCAUCGCCCUCAACACGGCAGAGAGGAUCCCGCUGGAGAGCCUACAGAUCGUGCGUGGGAAUGUGCUCUACGAGAACACCUAUGCCCUGGCCGUGCUGUCCAACUAUGGCGGCAGCAACAGUGCCAACAGAACUGGGCUGCGGGAGCUGCCGCUGCGGAGCCUGCAGGAGGUCCUGCAGGGAGCCGUGCGCUUCAGCAACAACCCCGCACUCUGCAACGUGGACACCAUCCAGUGGCGGGACAUCGUGGACAGCAGCUUCCUGAGCAACAUGUCGCUGGACCUGCAGAGCCCCCCGAGCGGCUGCCAAAAGUGUGAUCCAAGCUGUCCCAAUGGGAGCUGCUGGGGCCCAGGAGAGGGGAGCUGCCAGAAACUGACCAAGAUCAUCUGUGCCCAGCAGUGCUCGGGGCGCUGCCGCGGCAAGUCCCCCAGCGACUGCUGCCAUAACCAGUGUGCAGCCGGCUGCACCGGGCCCCGGGAGAGCGACUGCCUGGUCUGCCGCAAGUUCCGAGACGAAGCCACCUGCAAGGACACCUGCCCUCCACUCAUGCUCUACAACCCCACCACCUACCAGAUGGACGUCAACCCCGAGGGGAAGUACAGCUUCGGCGCCACCUGCGUGAAGAAGUGUCCCCGGAACUACGUGGUGACUGACCACGGCUCCUGUGUCCGAGCCUGUGGCCCCGACAGCUACGAGAUGGAGGAGGACGGCGUGCGCAAGUGCAAAAAGUGUGAAGGGCCCUGUCGCAAAGUUUGCAAUGGAAUAGGAAUUGGGGAGUUUAAAGACACUCUUUCCAUAAACGCCACGAACAUCAAGCACUUCAGGAACUGCACGACCAUCAGCGGCGACCUGCACGUCCUCCCCGUGGCCUUUCGGGGGGAUUCCUUCACGCGCACACAGCCCCUGGACCCCAAGGAGCUGGACAUCCUGAAGACAGUGAAGGAAAUCACAGGGUUCUUGCUGAUUCAGGCCUGGCCUGAGAACAGGACCGACCUCCACGCGUUCGAGAACCUGGAAAUCAUCCGCGGCAGGACUAAGCAGCAUGGUCAGUUUUCCCUCGCCGUCGUUGGCCUGAACCUGACGUCCCUGGGACUGCGCUCCCUGAAGGAGAUCAGCGACGGAGACGUGAUCAUCUCAGGAAACCGGCACCUGUGCUACGCCAACACCAUCAACUGGAGGAAACUGUUCGGGACUUCCAGUCAGAAAACCAAAAUUAUAAACAACAGAAACGAAAGAGACUGCAAGGCUGAAGGCCACGUCUGCCAUCCGCUGUGCUCAUCUGAGGGCUGCUGGGGCCCCGAGCCCCGGGACUGCGUCUCCUGCCGGAAUGUGAGCCGGGGCAGGGAGUGCGUGCCCAAGUGCAACGUCCUCGAGGGGGAGCCCAGGGAGUUCGUGGAGAAUUCCGAGUGCAUCCUGUGCCACCCAGAGUGCCUGCCCCAGGCCAGGAACGUGACCUGCACCGGCCGGGGUCCCGACAGCUGCGUGCAGUGCGCUCACUUCAUCGACGGCCCUCACUGCGUCAAGACCUGCCCAGCGGGGAUCAUGGGGGAGAACAACACGCUGGUGUGGAAGUACGCGGACGCCAGCCGGGUGUGCCGCCUGUGCCACCUCAACUGCACCUACGGAUGUGCCGGGCCAGGUCUGGAAGGCUGCGCCACAAACGGGCCCAGGAUCCCGUCCAUCGCCACGGGGAUCGUGGGCGGCCUCCUGCUGCUGGUGGUGCUGGGCCUGGGCAUCGGGCUCUUCAUGCGGCGGCGCCACAUCGUCCGCAAGCGCACCCUGCGCCGGCUGCUGCAGGAGCGCGAGCUGGUGGAGCCCCUUACCCCCAGUGGAGAAGCCCCCAACCAAGCCCUCCUGAGGAUCCUAAAGGAGACAGAGUUCAAGAAGAUCAAGGUGCUGGGCUCCGGAGCAUUUGGCACGGUCUACAAGGGACUCUGGAUCCCAGAAGGUGAGAAAGUGAAGAUUCCUGUGGCCAUCAAGGAAUUGAGAGAAGCCACGUCUCCAAAAGCCAACAAGGAGAUCCUGGAUGAAGCCUACGUGAUGGCCAGCGUGGACAACCCCCAUGUGUGCCGCCUGCUGGGCAUCUGCCUGACCUCCACCGUGCAGCUGGUCACGCAGCUCAUGCCCUUCGGCUGCCUGCUGGACUACGUGCGCGAGCACAAGGACAACAUCGGGUCCCAGCACCUGCUCAACUGGUGUGUGCAGAUUGCCAAGGGCAUGAACUACCUGGAGGACCGGCGCCUGGUGCACCGAGACCUGGCGGCCAGGAACGUCCUGGUGAAGACGCCACAGCACGUCAAGAUCACAGACUUCGGGCUGGCCAAGCUGCUGGGCGCGGAGGAGAAGGAGUACCACGCUGAGGGCGGCAAGGUGCCCAUCAAGUGGAUGGCUUUGGAAUCAAUUUUACACCGGAUUUAUACCCACCAGAGCGAUGUCUGGAGCUACGGAGUCACCGUGUGGGAGCUGAUGACCUUCGGGUCCAAGCCAUACGACGGGAUCCCCGCCAGCGAGAUCUCGUCCAUCCUGGAGAAAGGAGAGCGCCUGCCACAGCCGCCCAUCUGCACCAUCGACGUCUACAUGAUCAUGGUCAAGUGCUGGAUGAUAGAUGCGGACAGCCGCCCAAGGUUCCGCGAGCUGAUUGUCGAGUUCUCCAAAAUGGCCCGAGACCCGCAGCGCUACCUUGUCAUCCAGGGGGAUGAGAGGAUGCAUUUGCCCAGCCCUACAGACUCCAAUUUCUACCGUGCCCUGAUGGACGAGGAGGACAUGGAGGACGUCGUGGACGCGGACGAGUACCUCAUUCCGCAGCAGGGCUUCUUCAGCAGCCCCUCCACCUCCCGGACCCCCCUCCUGAGCUCCCUGAGUGCGAACAGCAACAAUUCCACUGGGGCUUGUGUACCUCGGAACGGGAGCUGCCCUGUCAGGGGCGACGGCUUCCUGCAGCGCUACAGCUCAGACCCGACCGGUGCCCUGGCUGAGGACAGCCUGGAUGACGCCUUCCUCCCCGCGCCCGAAUACAUAAACCAGUCCUGCCCCAAAAGGCCUGCGGGCUCUGUGCAGAACCCCAUCUAUCACAAUCAGCCCCUGCACCCCGCUCCCGGCCAAGACCCGCACUACCAAAACCCCCACAGCCACGCCGUGGGCAACCCUGAGUAUCUCAACACCACGCGGCCCGCCGGUGUCCACAGCACCUCUGACGGCCCCGCCCCCUGGACUCAGAAGGGCAACCACCAAAUUAGCCUGGACAACCCCGACUACCAGCAGGACUUCUUCCCCAAGGAAGCCAAGCCCAAUGGCAUUUUUAAGGGGCCCACAGCUGAGAACGCGGAAUACCUUCGGGUAGCGCCCCCAAGCAGCGAGUUCAUCGGCGCGUGACAUUGGAGCACAGCCUCCUCCGCAGCCCAGGACCAAGCCUCGGCCGCUGCCCCACCCGAGCCACACCCUGCCCCGCGAAGAUGCUGACCAGGAGUGGCUCACGGGCAGCGGCCCUUGGCCCCCUCAGCCGGGAAGUGCUCCGCCUCAGAUGUCCUGGGGCGGCUGCAGGUACAUUCCCCAGUCUCCAAACUGUGAAGUUCCACAAAACGCAUGGGCAAGAAAGUUUGAGCGGAAGUUUACCUUUUGUUGAGGUACAUUAGAAAAACAGUAAAGAUACGUAGGAGUGUUACCAUUGGGAAUCCGGGAUUCUGGUCGCGGCGCCUGAGUUUGAGUGGAUGGGGCCGUCCAAGGAGGAAGUCCGUGCACUUGCUACCCAAGUCAGCCCAGGCCCAGCAGCAACAAGGGGCAUGGGCCACAGUCUUCCGGCCACCACUGUGUUCCACCGCUCCGCUCCAGAUGGUCUGGGAAGGCAAGUGUGCUCAGGAGCCCUGCAUGUCCUCCGCAGGCCUGCUCCGGGCCGACUCACACCAUGGCAGGUACAUAGGAUAAGCCACUCAGUUCCUUCGUGGGAGAAGCGGCCCUGAGGGGCAGGGCUCUCCCUCAGACUCACUUUUGUAUAAAUGUCUCCCUGGUAUGCCCCCUCCGUUCACCAGUUUUUUUUGAUCGCGAGUAUUAGCCUUAUUUUCCAUGCUGUGGUUUUGAAACUCACGUACUUUCCCUGUCUUGACAUCAUGACUUCGGCAGAAGCAGAAGGUACGUCCAACAAUAGCUCAGAUUCCAUGUGCAAACCAUCAGUGUUCAGACCAGUCGUCUACAAUUAAGACAAAGAAAUUGCAAGCGUUCACGGAAGAACACAAGAGUCAGAUUUCUUUCUUUUUUGGCGGUACCAGGAACUGAAUCCAGCACUCUCCCCGGGCUGCAUCCCCAGGGCCGUUUUUUUGUUUAAUUUGAGACAGGGUCUUGAUAAGAGCCCAGGCUGGGCUGGAACUCGAAGUUCUCCUGCCUCAGCAUCCCAGAGCACUGAGAUUACAAGUGUGCACCACAACACCCAAAUUUAGUCUCAGAUGAAAAUUUUCAAGUCCUUUGGGCGAGUUUCAUGAGAUUACAAAACAGUGCUCUGAAAGCUCACUUUGCCUACACUCUUCACAACUCAUGGAAUCUUUUCAUUUUCCCUUAAAAUAUUUUGCUGGAAGGGUGCACAUUCCUCCUUGGCAACAGUUCCAGGUCCCCUCUGUGCCCUCGGUGAGAGAGUGUCGACGCCCAAGGCCACGGGCCAAGAACUGACAGCCUCGGCGGGCGCGCUGGUGUCCGGCAGGCAGCCUGAGGUGGGAGGUCGCAAGGCUGUUGGGAAGUUAGACCUGAAGUGGAUGGCAGUGUUCUCACGUGUCUGUAGAUGUUUGAAGGGGAAAUCCUCCUAACACAACUUCCCUAUCAUUGGCAGACUCGCAAGUCAGGCUCUCUCAUCCUUGCGACCUGAGUGUCAACAGUAUUUCACGCUCAGUCAACAUCCACCCCUUCCACUUUUCCAAGGAAGAGAUCCCUGAUUUUGAGAAGUUCACAGUGUAACAGAGGAAAUGGGUCCUAACCCUAACCCUAACCACUAACCGUAGAACACUAGGACGGACUCGAGACCAGCGCAGCAGCCAGGCCCCGAGAGACACAGCAGGGAGGGUGAGUUCUGCCAGGGGAGACCUGAGGCUCGGAGAGGAGCAGGCCCUGGGCCCCAGGACGUGGCGAGUGCAAUCCCAGCAGCAGGGACCCUGGCCCCUGUUGCAAGCAGAUUGUCCGGAGCCCCUGCUUCCUAAGGACCACCUCCCCGUGGGAAUUAAUUUCAGCUCUCAUCCUGAAAAGUGCUUAGUGAGGAGGCUGAACACCGAUUCUCAAAUCUGAGAUUUCACAUCUGUCCAUAAAACCCUUUCUUUAUCAGUCCACUCCAGAAGGUAGAGAAAACCUUAGUCAGAGUCUGCACAGCGCUGGGAAGCAGAAGGACUCAAAUUCUUCUCUCACUACUCUCAAGAAGCGCAGAGGAGGGGAGUUAAUCACAAGCCAGCCCCGCUGUGGCCGAGAAGCCCUAGUAUUUUUGUACUUUGAAAUGCUCUCCUACAACAUAAUAAAGUAGUGAAGACUGUUCCAGCUUGCUUUUCCUCUCCUUUCUAUUUCAGUCUUCCCACAUAAAACUCCAUUGCCGUUAAUUUUGAGAUCGUGUUUUCCCAGCUCUCCCCUGUGCUGUCUCCAAGGUGUGGCUGUGAGGCUGCGGAGCCCAGGGCUCCUCCAGGGGCCAGAGCCCCCAUGCCUGCCCGUCGCAGCCCCGACUCUGCCCUGCCACCCUUACUUGGAAACAGCCAGUGCCCACUGCCCUCGAGAGUGUCAGCUGUCACCUGUUCCUACGUCGGUUCCCGGAAGAAGUCAGUUCACAUCCCCACUUCAGGUCUGCUGUCUGGGAAAGUCAGGAGCGAGCGUUCAUGCUGGACUGGCUCACAUCCUCUCUAAGGAGUCUCUAUCAUUAUACCCAAGAAAAGUACUUAGCAUCUCGUGGUUUAAAAGAGAGCUGGAUCUUUUACACUCAAAGUCUGCUGGGGCCAGGUUGCCUCUGCUUCCUAAGUGAGAGCCCAGGAGGCGUCAACUGCACCCAGCUGAUGGGACCAACGCCCCGACUUUCUGGAAGCUCUUGUUUUUCCGCCCCCACCCCAUCCCAACUGCAGCCAGCUCUGGGCACCGGCUCUGGGCCAGGCUGCCUGGGGAGCGCCCUGCACCCAGCUGAGAGGAUUCUGGGUGGGUUUUUCUCAGGCUCAACCUGGGCCAGGACUUCACAGAACACUCUGGAUUAUUCUGGCAUGCUCCAAGUGUCCAGGGCCAAGGAGGAGGAGAGGCCCAGCUGCUGGCCCCACCCACGUCCUCUGAGCUAACCUCUGGGUGGGGCGAGGCCAGCACCCCGUCUGCUGCACAGAAGAACCCAGGAGCCUGAAAGUGGGGUCAGAGUCCUGCAGAGCAACGCAGUCAGCAGCCUGGGUCUCAUCCUGAACAGGCCCAGUAUGCAUCCAGAACCAGUUCCGACAGGAGUCUGUGGAGUCCAAGUCCACACUGGGCCCAAGUCCGCAGAGAUUCCUGGAGGCUGUGCAGGCCCAUAGCCUGAGACUGGCCCUGCUGUCCUUCCAGAGCCUGUGCUCCUCAUCUCCAGCCAUCCACUCUGAAAAUGGCAAAUGUCCAAAUCUGAGCCUGGAGAAGGCCUGGGGCCCUGCAUGUUCUAAGAAGAGAGUUGUAAAAGCUGGUCUCACCCUCGCCCCGCUGAAGGAGCUGCCCCCACUUCAUCUCCCCUGUGCAUUUCUUUCUCCUGAUAAGCAUACAUGUUUAUUAUAACAGCGAUCUGUUAUAGUUCCCUGCGUGGGGCUAUAAAACCCUAACUGAAGAAAUCCCUGCCCUUUUCCCAGCCACGCCUGCCUUAGUCCUUGGGCAAACAUCUUUGUACUGUUAAAGACACAUUCAGACAGGAUUUUUAAAUGCAGAUCUAUUUUUGUAACUUUUUGCAGGUUAUUGUCCUUUUUAUGUAGCACUGAACUUUGUAAAGUAUAUUUUUAGAAAACUCAUUUUUCUACUAAGGGAAACAGUUUACUUUAGAAAGGCUGCAAUAGAAGUAAAAUUUGAAAUUGAAAUCUUUGCUUACAAAGGUUAAAUUGAAGCAGCAGAGGUCUCCUCUCUUAGGGAAAGGUAUAACCUCAUUGCAGAGCUAUGCUAGGUCACUGCCAUGUGAACAGAAGAAUUUGUAAAAGUAGCAAAGAGGAAAGAGGAAGAGGAAAAAGAGGAAGCAAAGAGGAAGUAGCACCCUGGCUUAGCGUUGGUCCAAGGCAGGUUCAGCUGUCAGUCUGGGACAGUGUUAGUGCAAAGGGGUUGCUAUAAGAAGAAGAAUCCAAACGCAUGCUGUCCUCUGAUCCUUUGACUACACAGCCUCGUAAGUACAAGAAAAGCAAUAAUAGAGCACUUUGUUGGUGUAGCUAUACUAAUCAGAUUUAAUGCAAAUUCUUUUGUUUUAUUUUUAUGUGUAAAGUUUGUAUUCCUUGAGCAGUACGAACUAGACAUAUCCAGAGAGCCAUAAUAAUGCAGGGCAUGCAUGCCCUGCUCGGCACACUCCUGACACCCAGCCCAAGCCGACUGCCUGGAGAACAGGCUCUGAGCUGGCCGCUCCUCAGUCGCCCGGGAGCUGUACCUGAGACCAACUACAUGCAAAGCCCUCAGCGAUGAAGCCAGGCCUCUGCGCUCAGUAAAGCUCCCAAGGCCACUGUAGUGCUCAGCCGACGCUGAGACCCACCAGUCCGGGCAGCCAGGGUCCCUGCCGAGAGGGUGACUCCCAGACCCAAGAUGUCUGCCACAAAGACGUCUGCACCCUCCCUGGGCAUCAGGAACCUGGACAGAGCUCCCAAGACAGCUGCCCAAGCACAACAGGAAACCUGACUCCCCACAGAUGGAAGGCGGAGGAAGCCCGAGACAGACACCUAUGGGCAUUUCCUAGGCUCACUUUCCACUAAAGGUGCACCGGCAGUGAGAUAAAGCCAGUGGGUAUUCCUGCUGCCAGGACAACCCACAUUGCUGCUUUUCCUCUAGCAGCCAGGUAACCUUUAUUCCCCAGGCAGAAAGAAAACCUCCAUCUGUCAGUUAGGAAGGGCAGACUUCAAAGAUUGAUAAAUUGUUGUGUGACUUUCGUAGAACAAGAAUCUUCUGGUGUUGAGAAACAUUUUUGAUACUUUGGGCAUAAACUACACCUGGGAUAAAAACAGAAGCCACUAACUGAGUUUUUCUUCCACAUGCACAUGCAAGCCCUCUGAGCUCAAAGCUUGUCUUGCCUGAGUCACUAGGGGUCCCUACUCCUCACACUGCAGACAAAAUACAAGAGAAAACUUAAACACAAAUGUUUUUAAAGUCAUUUACUUAUUUUUUUAAAAAAAAACCUCUACUGACCUGAUUUGAAUACAAAGUAAUCUUGCAGUAUAAUAUAAUCUCUUGCAAAUAAAGAGAUCAUAUGGGUCUGAUGGCCGCUAUUAGAGAUGACCUUGUGAAUGAUUAACACCGGGCAGCAGUAACUGUACUGUAGGAAUAUUCAAGCAAUAGCUUCGUAGCUUCUUGAUGUAGUGCAUUUUAACCUUAUAAAGUUUUGCAAUGAUGAAUGCGGUAUUUGUACAAAUGGAAAGCAAGAUUCUCUUUUAUAUGGUUUAUACUGUUGAUCAGAACAUGUUGACUGUAUAUUGAGUAUUAAAAAUUAGAUGUAUAUUAUUCAUUGUUCUCUAUUCCUAGGUACCUUACAAUAAUAUUGUACUCUUUGUUAACAAUACAGUGUUGAUUCUAAUUCUUAUUCUUAUCUGACUGCAGACACUCUUAAUAACACUUUUCUUACUUAUUUACUGUGGUCCUCGAGAAUGGACCUGUGGGCCUCACACUGAGCUGCAUCCUUAGCUCCUUGCUAAGCUACUAAGUUGCCUCAGCUGGGUUUGAAGUUGAGCUCUUCCUACCUCGGCCUCAGAGGGUACUGGGAUUACAGGCAUGAGCUACCAUGCCCAGGUCUUAUUUAUUUAUUUUCCCGGUGCUGAGGGUCAAACCCAGGGCCUCAGACACACACACUAGGCAAGUGCUCUACCACAAAGCCACACCUGCAUCCCCCACUGGAACUAAUUAAUAAGCUUCGCUUUCAGAGCUUUAGGGUCACAGCAAAACUGAGCAGAUUGUCCAAGGACCCCCUGCAUCCCUCCUGGUCCCUACCACACCCAAACACAGCCCCCACUGUCACCAUCCUGACCACAGGAGCAGGUCACCUUCUGAGGAACAAUGGGCCAGAACUGUGGUAUCGCUGGGUCCUUUCGGAAAUCAGGCACUUUCCAGCCAUGGCUCAACGGGCCCCAUGCAGGUGCCAGGCUCCCUGCCCCUCUGGGGCCUCUCCAUGCCCCUUCCUGGGCAAGAGUAAUUACAGCUGCACUCUGGGAGGCUUAGGCAGGAAGAUCACCAGUUUGAGCCCAGCCUGGGCAACUUAGGAAGACACUGUCUCAAAAUUAAAAUUCUAUCGCUUCUCAGCCUUUUGGCUAAGAUCAACUGUAAAAUUAAAAUUCUAAACAAAAGACUGAGGGCAUAGCUCAGUGUGCAGACCCUGCACUGAAUCCUCGGGACCCCAAAAACAACAACAAAGAGUAUUUCUAGUUAUCUGGGAAAAGGUUUCCCAAGGAGGGGGCACCUCAGAAAGAGAACGGAACGCCCUUCCUCAGGUCGGACUGGGCACCUCCCUGGGAACAAGCCCAGUUCCUCCAGGUCUCCCCAAAGCUCUGAGAGCACCACGGUUCUGCUCCAGCCCACCCUCUGCUCUCACCAGUGCCUGGGAGUCUGGGAGACCCCAGGAGCCUGGCAGACCAGGGCCCCAGCCCUGCCAGGUCCUCCGCUCUCCUGGCUGCUGUCAGGAAGCCAGGCCCUGAGCACUAUGGGAAGCCAACGAGUACACUUGACCACACCUGAAAGCCAGCCCCACCAAGCCACCUGCCAACUCUGCACUCCGAGGACAGCUGGGCCACAGGCCUCAGUUCUGAAGGGGGCUCAGCCUGGACAGCAAAAGCACAGCCCUCCUGGGGCCCAAGGGUCCCAGCCUGGCAAGGACGCCCAGGUCCUGCCUCCCAGCAUGCAGCAGAGGCAGCCCUGAGUGGAGGGCUCCAUCUUCCCCCUGCCCAUCUCAGGGGAGGGGGGUGGUGAUGGGCUCUUCCACCCAGCAUGCCCCUUGGCUGGGAACAAAAGGGCCCUGGCCCAGCUAACAGGGUCUGUCUUCUUAGCAGAAACGGGGCCCACGCUCCCAAGGCUGAGGGCCAGCAGGUGCCCUGAGUGCACCAGCCCUUCUUUCUUCAAGCCAGUGAUCCCGUUUUAAACACCAGUGACGUGGCAUGGCGUGUCGGUACGUGCCUGGAGUGGCAGCACUCCGGGAGGCUGAGGCAGGAGGUUUACAAGUUCGAACUCAGCCUAGGUUACUUAGUGACACAGUGAGAUCCUGUUUCAAAAUUUAAAAAUAAGUAGAAAGGGCUGGGGAUGUAGCUCAGGGCAAAGGCCCUGGCUUCAGUCCCCAGUACUGAAAAAAAAAAAUCUCAGAACCUCCAGUGCUAUUGCUCUGGUGGAAGUAGAGGUUGGAGGAGGGAGAACCAGCCCACCUUCUCCUCCAGAGGGGGCAAGAGAGCCCCGCGUCUCGUCAUCCCACUCCGGCAGGGCUCUCCCCUCCAGUCCCCCUCCGCUGUACUCAUCUUUCCGGAGACCUGGGGGAAGGCUGACGAAGGACCUGCAGUUAGGACACGGCUCCUCACACGCUCAGAGCAGAGGGACAUGGCCAAGGAGGUGUUCACACUGAGAGAGGUGCACAGUGUGUGAUAAGACGCAGCUGCAUCCCCGUUAAAAUCUCUUCAAAACCCGCAACAGGUGGUAGUGCCUUAAUGAGACAAACGCAUCCACCCAAAGGCUAAUAAGAAGCAGCAGACUUAAGGCUGAGAUGGCAAAGCAGGAACAAGGGAAAGUUUGCUGUCAUCACCCCUAUUGUUCCACACAUUUCUGAACCUGUCUGGAGACCAGUGUGUGUGUCAGCACGAAUACCCAGCAUAAAUCCACCUCCAUGGGAGAAACUUCUCCACCUCACAGUUUUGGAGGCUGCAGUCCAUGGUGGCCCGGCCCUUUCCUCUGGGGCAAAGCAGCUUGUCACUGCUGAAGUUAGAGGCAGAGCAAAACCACUCACCUCAGGCAGGAGGCAGACACAGAAGAGGCCACCAUCCCUCCAGGCAGAGCGGCCCAGACCCCAGGACCUGCCACUGGGCCCCCAGGGUUCAGCCUGCUCCCAGCAGCGCCAGCCAGGGGCCAGCAAUGGAACCUUCGGAGGACACUGGCUCUACUGCAGCAGAGGACAGGUGCAUUGUUUAAAUGGGAUCCAUUUUCACCUUAGAACACAGUCAGGGCAGCUACACCCCUCGCCCAAGGGCUGGACUCAGGCAGCCGCCAGCCCGGUGCUGAAGUUUUGUCGCACACAGCCUCAGUCCGCACCUCUUGGCCUACUGCAUUUGCACUGCCAGCAGAGGGGAGCAAUGGAGCAGAGACCCUGGGGUCUGGAACACUGAGAUGUUCCCUACCUGGCCCCUUAUGAACAAAGCUUGCCAACCCAAACCAACUGGCCAGGAAAAAUUACAAUACAUAAGAAUAUCAGCAGGGUGAGCACAUGUAAAUGGGACAGAGAACUUUCCUACUUACCCUCAGCCAUGAAUGAAACAAGGUAAUGAAUGCCAUCUAAAAUAGCCAUGAGAAUGACGAAAUUGGUGGAAAUAAAUAUGCAAGGACAAUACGGAAACAAAAACUAUAAAACUUUGUUGAAGUAUAAAAGAAGACUUUAAGAUAUGUUAUAUUCGUGGAUAUGAGGACAUUAUGAAUAUGCCAAUUCUCCCUCGGUAUUGCAUAAGUUCAGUGUUAUGCAAAUGAAAAUUUCAGUGGCUAUUUUGGGAAACGGGUUUUAAAACUUGGAAUCUAGAACAGAAAAUGUACCACAGUAGCCAGCAACAUUUGGAAAACAAUUGAGUAGUGACAGCAAUGGCAUAAAAAACACCCUAAAACUAUAAUAAUUAAAGCUGUGCAAUGCCAAUGUAAUCACAGAAAUAAUGAAUGGAAAAAUUUAGAAAUUUGGAAAAAGAUAUGUGUACAUGGGAAUGUAGUGUGUGACAAAAAUAAUAUUUCCAGAUGGUGAGGGAGAGAAAGACUAUCCAAUAAAUGGUUUUGGAGAAAGCUUUCAUACGAUUGAAA